CGGGGGAGGAUUCCAGAGAGAAGGCAGCUGUGCGAAUGACUCAUUUUCCCUUUGUGUCGUCUCAGCCCCAGCGGGCGGGCCGGUUCAGCACAGGAUGGCGAGUUCCUGGAUGGCCAGAGACCUGUCCAGGCCUGGCACCUGGGCCAGGGCUCCUUUCCUCCUCAAGAGUUUUUCUGUCCACUUUUCCACGACCCACGUUGCGCAGAGGGGAAGGAAGGAGUUAAAUGCUCAACUCACAUGGCUCCUUUAUUUACCUCCAUGAAGGAGGAGGGAGGCCCUUAGCAGAGCUGAGGGUCAUUAAGGGACAGGGUGAUGUCACUGAUGAGGGCUCUUUAACCUGACCAAUUUGCUGAAACGACUGAAAUGACAAAGUGAAGAACAACUCCAUUGGUUUUAAGCUGUAUCCUCCUCUGUCCCCUACCAAUCAGGGGGCUGUGCCCCAGCUGUGUGAGCUGGUCUUAAUAAGGGACACAACCUCCAGAAUGUCCACCUCUCAAUUUGGCUGUGGUCAUGGGUUCUGGGUUCUGCAUUGCUGUGUCCCCUGGUGAGCAGUUCCUUCCUGCUCAGAUAUGGGAUAUGGCUCUGCCUGGCAGAAUCUGGGUGUCCUGAAGUGGCCCAGGACAGGUGACCAGGUCUGCAAUGACCCUCCAGAAAUGCUCCCUGAUUCACUGGCAUCUUUGAUGGGGGAGGGAAGCACUCUGAACCCCAGGAACUUAGGUCUGCCUUCCACUUUAUCUGUGUUCUCUUCUGGGCCUGAGACCCCCUGAUCAGAGCAGUAGAUAAAAGCAAAAGAACCUUAUGGAGGUGGGUACUUGAGGGGGUGGCAGGAUAAUUCUUUGUUUUCCCUCCCAAGGUCAGAGUGGCUCAGUGAAGAGGGUCGCUGUUCUAGAUGAGUGUCCCUGUAAAAUGGGGAUAAUUAGAACUUCUUCCCUUCCCUUUCUGGCUGCUGGGUAGGUGACGUGGCUGAACCAGGUCUCUGUGAUGGGUGGCUCUAAGAGGAAACCCCCUAAGUGAUAUGAUGUGGUUUGACGGGACCAGACUAGCACGUUGCUCUCUCUGGCCAUGGAUGUGUCAGGUCUCUCUGGGGUCCUUGCCUCUAUGCAUCCCAGCAGAACUAGGGGUGGAGCAAAAGCCUCAAGCAGCACUCUGGGCCUUGCCCUGUGAAAGGGACCAGGUUCAGCUGUGUUGUUCUAUUCCCCUGCAAGGCCUGCCACUGGCCCAGAGUAGGUGCCUGGGACCCUGAGGGCCACUAUGCCCUUCUGACCCCUCUUUAUGUCUCCCACAGUGAACCUCUUUCUCACGGGAAAGCUCAGCAGUGCAGUUCCAGCUCUAGCUGCCUGCAGUGGGAAGCUGGAGCAGCACACAGAACGGCGCGGUGUCAUCUACAGCCCAGCCUGGCCCCUCAACUACCCACCAGGCACCAACUGCAGCUGGUACAUCCAAGGUGACCGUGGGGACAUGAUCACCAUCAGUUUCCGCAACUUUGAUGUGGAGGAGUCCCAUCAGUGCUCCCUGGACUGGCUCCUGCUGGGUCCAGCGGCCCCGCCUCGACAAGAGGCCUUCCGGCUCUGCGGCUCUGCCAUCCCGCCCGCCUUCAUCUCUGCCCGGGACCAUGUCUGGAUCUUCUUCCACUCAGACGCUUCUAGCUCUGGCCAAGCCCAGGGCUUCCGCCUCUCCUACAUCAGAGGGAAGUUGGGCCAGGUGUCCUGCCAGCCAGAUGAGUUCCGCUGUGACAACGGCAAGUGCCUUCCAGGCCCGUGGCAGUGCAACACUGUGGAUGAGUGUGGAGAUGGCUCUGAUGAGGGCAACUGCUCUGCCCCUGCCUCUGAGCCUCCAGGCAGCCUGUGCCCUGGGGGCACCUUUCCCUGUAGUGGGGCACGGUCCACCCGCUGCCUGCCUGUGGAGCGGCGCUGUGACGGCACGCAGGACUGUGGUGACGGUUCUGAUGAGGCUGGCUGCCCCGACCUGGCAUGCGGUCGGCGGCUGGGCAGCUUCUAUGGCUCCUUCGCCUCCCCAGACCUGUUUGGUGCGGCCCGUGGGCCCUCGGACCUUCACUGCACAUGGCUGGUGGACACGCAGGACCCUCGGCGUGUGCUGCUGCAGCUGGAGCUGCGGCUGGGUUACGACGACUAUGUACAGGUGUAUGAGGGCCUGGGCGAGCGCGGGGACCGCCUGCUGCAGACGCUGUCUUACCGCAGCAACCACCGGCCUGUGAGCCUCGAGGCUGCGCAGGGCCGCCUCACUGUGGCCUACCAUGCCCGCGCCCGCAGCGCUGGCCAUGGCUUCAAUGCCACCUACCAGGUGAAGGGCUACUGCCUCCCGUGGGAGCAGCCAUGCGGGAGCAGCAGCGAGGGGGAUGACAGUGGUACCGGAGACCAGGGUUGCUUCUCAGAGCCGCAGCGCUGUGAUGGCUGGUGGCACUGUGCCAGCGGCCGGGAUGAGCAGGGCUGCCCCGCCUGCCCACCCGACCAAUACCCCUGCGAGGGUGGCAGUGGCCUCUGCUAUGCACCCGCUGACCGCUGCAACAACCAGAAAAGCUGCCCAGAUGGCGCCGAUGAGAAGAACUGCUUCUCCUGCCAGCCCGGCACCUUCCACUGCGGGACCAACCUGUGCAUUUUUGAGACGUGGCGGUGUGACGGCCAGGAGGACUGCCAGGACGGCAGCGAUGAGCACGGCUGCCUGGCCGCUGUGCCCCGCAAGGUCAUCACCGCUGCCCUCAUCGGCAGCCUGGUGUGUGGCCUGCUGCUUGUCAUCGCCCUGGGCUGCGCCUUCAAGCUCUACUCGUUGCGCACGCAGGAGUACAGGGCCUUCGAGACCCAGAUGACGCGCUUAGAGGCCGAGUUUGUGCGGCGGGAGGCACCCCCAUCCUAUGGUCAGCUCAUUGCACAGGGCCUCAUCCCACCCGUGGAGGAUUUUCCCGUCUACAGUGCAUCCCAGGCCUCGGUGCUACAGAACCUUCGCACAGCCAUGCGGAGACAGAUGCGCCGGCACGCCUCCCGCCGGGGGCCCUCCCGCCGCCGUCUGGGCCGCCUCUGGAACCGGCUUUUUCACCGGCCACGGGCACCUCGGGGCCAGAUUCCACUGCUGACUGCUGCACGCACAUCACAGACGGUGCUGGGCGACGGGCUCCUCCAGCCUGCACCCGGGGCCGCCCCGGAUCCCCCAGCAUCCCACACAGACACAGGCAGCCCCAGAGCAGCUGGGGAUGGACCUCCCAGUGCCCCUGGCCAUGCACCAGAGGUGGGAACUUCAGUGUCACCCGCGCCCUCGGGCCUGCGAGACCCAGAGUAUGGGCCUGUGAACAAGGACAGAAAGGCCUGUAGGGAACCUCUGGUGGAUAGCCCGGCCCCUCCGGACACAAUUCCUGAGCCCUGCUUGGCCCAGGACCCUUACCCCCAGGCUCCCACUGCCAGCAGCACCCCAGACCCCCACCCCCCAGAGCCACUGGAGGUCUGCAGGAGCUCCCCACCACCCUGCUCCCCAACACUGGAGGCCAGUGACGAUGAGGCUCUGCUGGUCUGCUGACCCACAACACACGCUGGUGACCGCCAUAGCCCCGCUUUGUAACCAGGGAAUACACAGUCAUUUCUACCCUG